CAUUGUGUUGAAGAAUCUGUCAGUCUGCCAAGAGGAAAAAAAAUAGACUUUUCCACUGCCGUAUCAACCAUGCUGUCGUUACUGGAGUGACUGGACUUCACGCGUUGAUACUGUUCAAGGACUAGUAUUCUAAAGGUGAUCUUUCUUUUCCAUCCGUACCAAAAGACUCAGGAUAACUGAGAGAUGUCUUUUUCUGCAGUCUAUACUUGUUGGGACUAAUCACAUAAGAGAUGCUGUCAAGCUCCGAUGACUUGUCUGUGUUGGAUUCAGUGGAGGUUCGUGAACCCCAGGAAAACCAAACAAACAACAAAUGUAGUAGGACCUCAGGUCAUGUAUCGUUAUCUCAGGAUGGAUCUAAUGUUAAGGCUUUCCUCAAAAGAAAUGCUUUCGUUGUUCUCACAAUGGCGGCUGUUGCAUUAGGGAUCGGCCUGGGCUUUGCUCUACGACAAAUUAAUAUGUCAGCCAGGGAUGUAAAAUAUUUAACCUAUCCUGGAGAGCUGCUGAUCAGAAUCCUGCAGAUGUUGGUGCUUCCUCUCAUUAUUUCCAGUGUGAUUGCAGUAAUGUCAUCUGUGGACAGGAAGGCUUUUGGGAAAAUUGGGCUAAGGGUCUUGGGCUAUUACUUGGUCACCACACUGAUUGCUGCUUUCACUGGCAUCUCCUUAGCCAUUCUUAUCCAACCAGGAAAAUCAUCCACUGCUGACUCAGUGUCCUCUAGUGGUAAUACAGAGGCUGUGCAGACGGUGGAUUCCUUUCUUGAUCUAAUCAGAAACAUGAUUCCGUCAAAUCUGGUGGAGGCUUGUUUCAGAAAGUAUAAAACAGUUUACUCCAGGAGUGAUUCAGCAGGAAAGAGUCUUGGUGUCAAUACGACUGAGACCAGUAAAGACAAUGACAGAGUGCCAGUGCCAGGCACCGCAAACGGAUUCAAUAUUUUGGGUCUAUUGUGCUUCUCUGUUGCCUUUGGCCUCGUCCUCAGCAGUAUGGAGAGCGAGGGAAAACCUGUGAGGGAUUUCUUUGACUGCCUGAAUAAAGCCAUUAUGCGUCUGGUCCACAUAGUCCUGUGGUACUCCCCAGUGGGAAUCAUCUUCCUACUGGCGGGACAGAUUGUGAAGAUGACAGACGCAGGAGAGAUAGGCAGUGAAGUUGCCAUGUAUGGUCUCACUGUCUUCAUUGGCCUCCUGAUCCACAGCCUCAUCACCCUUCCUCUCAUCUUUUUUAUUGUCACACGUAAGAACCCCUUCAGCUUUAUGGGUGGUCUACUCCAAGCUCUUACCACUGCCUUUGGCACUUCAUCAAGUUCUGCAACCCUACCUGUUACCCUCCACUGUAUGGAGCAAAAUCACAACAUGGACAAACAAGUGACACGCCUUAUGCUCCCUAUCGGGGCCACAGUGAACAUGGAUGGCGCAGCACUCUAUGAAGCUGUAGCUGCGUUAUUUAUUGCCCAGGUUAAUAAUAUUGAUUUUAACCUGGGUCAAAUCAUUGCACUCAGUUUGAUUGUCACAGCUGCAAGCACUGGAGCUGCAGGCAUCCCACAGGCUGGCAUGGUAUCCAUGGUGAUUGUGUUGGAGUCGGCUGGACUGCCCACUGAAGACAUUUCACUGCUCAUAAUGGUUGAUUGGAUUCUGGAUCGUGUGAGGACUGUCAUCAAUGUGCUGGGGGAUUGUAUCGGUGUGGGUGUAGUGCAACAUCUGUCCAAAUGUGAGCUGCAGCCCUCCAGCUCUGCAAAAAAAAAGACUGAUGGAUGAAAUCUCCCAGGUUUGAGCAUCAUGAGACGUGACAGGAUCUGUGUCCAAUGGCUAAUAUUUAUGUGAUGUGUUAUUACAUGAUAACAUUAUUUUUUUUGUCUUGGCUAAAUUGAUACUAAAUAGAUUUUACGACCCUGUAUACAGUAGCAGCCUGUAAUCAUUUAGCUUGCAAUAAGGACAGUUUUCCCAAGGAACAUGUUUUAGCGCUUUAGAAAAAAGUUCAUGUUCAUGUUAGUGGAACAGGAUUGUGAAUUGGUUUGUCACCUUAUUUUAAAUGUCAUGAUAAAAACCUGUGGCUGCUGUUAUUCCCCGCUGAUAAAAUUCCAAUAAAACAUGUUUGCUG